AUGGCUUCUCACAAGCAACACUCGCAUUCUGAGGAACAACAUUCGUUGCUUUAUAAAGAACGUCCUUAUCGAUCAUGGGCUUUUCUUCUCCUACCAUUGCUCUUCCUCACUCUACCCGUAACGCCACUCUCCCGCCCCACCAACCCCGCUUCACCCCAUGUCUCCGCGCUCUACAUCGUCCGCCUGCGCUCCGCACCGCCCGUCGCCUCAUACAGCGGCGGAAUCCCCGGCUUCCCGGCAACGGCCGUGUGGGGCAGCGACCCUAAUGGCAACGCGACAGAUGCCACGGCGGACGAUGCAGCCAACGGUGCCGAUGCAGCCAACGGUGCCGAUGCAGCCAACGGUGCCGAUGCUGCCAACGGUGCCGAUGCAGCCCACAGUACUGAUGCUGCCAACGGUGCCGAGUUUUCCUCCUCUGUGACUAGCAAUGGUGGCGUUGACGCUGCUUCUGUUGCAAGCAACGGUGGCGUUGGCACGGCUUCUGGUGAACCUGUCACCGCUGCGGCUGCUGCCGCUACCAGCGGUUCAGGAGGCACAAACCGUCGGUUGCGGCGGCCGCGGCUGAACGUGAGGGCGCCGGGCGUGAGGGCGUUCAAGCAGCUGCUGCAGCGCACGCAGCAGGCCGUGCUGAGAGACAGCGGGGUGGACGCAGGGAAGAUGGUGUACAGCUACGUGCGCGCGUCGAAAGACUUCUCAGUGGCCCUCUCUUUUCUUGUUUCCGCCACCCGCCCGCCCCUGCGCGCCUUCUCUCUUCUUCCCCUGCCCGCCCUCCCCUGCGCGCCUUCUCUCUUCUUCCCCUGCCCGCCCUCCCCUGCGCGCCUUCUCUCUUCUUCCCCUCCCCUGCCCGCCCUCCCUCUUCUCGCUUCUUCCCGUCUCAGCUACGUGCACGCGUCGAACGGCUUUGCAGCGAUCCUCACGGCAGCCCAGGUGCAGCGCAUGAGGCGGCACCCCUCUGUGGCGUCCGUCACGCCCUCUCGCACCAUCACACGCCACGCCACCUCCACCACCCCCGCCGACGCGUACAAGUCUCUCAACCUGCCCCACGCCCUCUCUUCUGCUGCUUCCGCUGCUGCCGCUGCUGCCUCUCCCGCUGAUGCCACUCCCACUGCUUCUGCCACUCCGGCUGGAGCGUCGAGCGACGGUGGCGAUGGCACGGUGAUUGGGAUUGUGGAUACCGGCGUGUGGCCGGAGCACCCCUCCUUUGACGACACCGGCUACAGCAGCACGCUCCCUGCUGGGUGGGCGGGCACGUGUCCCACUACAAGCGACUUCGCUUGUAACAACAAGAUUAUCGGAGGGGGCGUGUUUUACGCAGGCGUUGAGAGUGAAUAUGAAAGCGUGAACCUCACCCUCAACUGGCUGUCCCCACGGGAUUCUAGAGGCCAUGGCACAUGGUGUGCCGGGGACGUGAGAGCGGCAGCGGGCAACAGCGGGGUUGAGGUGCCUGGAGGGGGCACCAUCAGUGGCGUGGCUCCCAAGGCACGCCUGGCCAUCUACAAGGUGUACUGGCUUCAAUAUUCUUCGCUCUCAGAUGAAACGGACACCUACGGUACAUACGCAGACGUCUUAGCAGCCGUUGAUCAGGCCGUGGCGGACGGUGUGGAUGUGCUGGCCGUGAAUCUGAUGCCCUUACCAGUGGAGGUCGGCAAGCGGAACUACUUCGACGACAUUCCUUUCCUCGGCGCUCUUGCGGUGGGUGUGAGGGGCGCCGGAGUGACGGUGGUCCUGGCAGCGGGCAACAAUCCCAAGUCGACACCAACUUUUCACCAGUACUGGUUCGGGCAGUUACAUGUCGUCAAGAACUCUUCACCCUACUACAUCAGCGUGGGGGCCAGGCUACCACAUGCUCUUCGUUCAUGCACUUCUCCACGCUCUCCUCCCUCAUCUCGCAUCUCCUCCCUCAUCUCGCAUCUCCUCCCUCAUCUCGCAUCUCCUCCCUCAUCUCGCAUCUCCUCCCUCAUCUCGCAUCUCCUCCCUCAUCUCGCAUCUCCUCCCUCAUCUCGCAUCUCCUCCCUCAUCUCGCAUCUCCUCCCUCAUCUCGCAUCUCCUUCCUCAUCUCGCAUCUCCUUCCUCAUCUCGCAUCUCCUCACUCGUCUCGCAUCUCCUUCCUCAUCUCGCAUCUCCUUCCUCAUCUCGCAUCUCCUUCCUCAUCUCGCAUCUCCUUCCUCAUCUCGCAUCUCCUUCCUCAUCUCGCAUCUCCUUCCUCAUCUUGCAUCUCCUUCCUCAUCUCGCAUCUCCGCCCUCAUCUCGCAUCUCCUUCCUCAUCUCGCAUCUCCUUCCUCAUCUCGCAUCUCCUUCCUCAUCUCGCAUCUCCUUCCUCAUCUCGCAUCUCCUUCCUCAUCUCGCAUCUCCUUCCUCAUCUCGCAUCUCCUUCCUCAUCUCGCAUCUCCUUCCUCAUCUCGCAUCUCCGCCCUCAUCUCGCAUCUCCGCCCUCAUCUCGCAUCUCCGCCCUCGUCUCGCAUCUCCGCCCUCAUCUCGCAUCUCCUUCCUCAUCUCGCAUCUCCUUCCUCAUCUCGCAUCUCCUUCCUCAUCUCGCAUCUCCUUCCUCAUCUCGCAUCUCCUCACUCGUCUCGCAUCUCCGCCCUCAUCUCGCAUCUCCUUCCUCAUCUCGCAUCUCCGCCCUCAUCUCGCAUCUCCUUCCUCAUCUCGCAUCUCCUUCCUCAUCUCGCAUCUCCUUCCUCAUCUCGCAUCUCCGCCCUCAUCUUGCAUCUCCGCCCUCAUCCGGCGUCUCUUCUUGCCCUUCUCAUGCCAACCAACACCCUCCCUGCCCCACCACGCAGUACCUGCACCAUCUGCCACCCAAGGAAGACUUUCCCCUCCAACGCCAUUCUCAAGCCGGACAUCAUAGCCCCGGGACUCAACAUCCUUGCCGCUGCUCCCGGGGCAACCGUCGGCGAGACGGGGUCGUUCAUGGCUCGUAAGAGCACGGCCGUGGCGGCGGCGCAUAUUGCCGGUGUGGCUGCUCUGAUCAUCCAGCAGCAUCCUGAUUGGACGCCUGCAAAGGUCAUGUCUGCAAUGAUGACGACAGCGCGCCGCACAGACAACAAGAAGAAACCUAUUAGAAAUCUACAUGGGAAGCCAGCCACGCCGUGGCAAAUGGGAGCGGGGCAUGUGUUUCCCGCUAGUGCGCUUGACCCUGGGUUGACCUAUGAUGCCGGGGAGCAAGAUUUCCGCAACUUUCUUGCUGACGUGAGCAUGAAAAGGGCUCGACAGACGUUCGGACAGGUCCCACUGACACCCGUCCCAGCCAGGAACCUGAAUCGUCCUUCUAUCUCGCUGGUCAACAUAGCGAAUAAAGUUACCGCUACACGGACUGUGACGAGCGUCUCAGAUACCACGUCGACCUAUAGGGUGAGGAUAAAGGCCCCCAAGUUUGUGAGUGUGAGAGUGGUGCCUUCAAAGUUUACCAUAGCUCCUGGGGAGCGAGUAAGGUUCAAGGUGAAGGUUGUAGUGUGGAUGAGGUUCAGGUUGUUCAAGUAUGGCAGCAUCACGUGGGAGGAUGACAAGGGGCAUUCUGUGCGCUCAGUUCUUGUUCUCCAUUGCAAACAUACCUGCAUGUACUUGUGCUAG